AUGCCAGUGCGUGUACUCUGCCUUCACGGGCAAGGAGUGAACUCAGCAGUGUUCCAGAAACAGACCGCCCCGGAAGUGCGUGACCACUACCCACCCCCAUAUCUAACAUGGUACAACACCCCCACUGUGGACAAGGUCAAGGACUCACAUAGCCAAAUUCAGCAGAUUGUGGAAAAACAGGGUCCUUUCGACGCAGUCAUGGGCUUUGGCCAGGGCGCCGCCGUAGCAGCCUCGCUACUGUUGCACCAGAAGUUAGAAUCCAAACCACCGUCUUUCAAAGCUGCUGUUUUCAUCAGCUCGCCCAUUCCAUUCGCCAGGAAUACGCAAUAUCAUAUGUUUCACCCGACGGUCGACAAGGUGCACAUCAGGGUGCCGACCGGACACGUGAUGGGCACUCAGGAUAAGUGGUUUUGCCAUAGCAAGGACUUGGUUGGGCUGUGUCAGGAGGAAUGGAGGGUUGUGUUGCAGUAUCAUGGUGGGCAUGAGGUGCCUCGGACUUACACGGAGGAGAUUUGUGAUGUUGUUGAGACAAUGUUUGGGCUACUGAGAGAGUGA